GUGAAGAAUUGGAGGUGGAAAAAGUUGUUGUGUCCCUGGAAGUACAUGUUAAUUCAGACAAUUUUUCGAUGUCUUACAAAGUAGAACCAUUGCCAGAAUCUCACGCCGAAUUGGGUGAAGGUCCCCAUUGGGAUAUUGAAAGACAAUCGUUGUACUAUGUCGAUAUUCAUGUUGGCAAAAUCUAUCGUUACGAUUACAACGAGAACAAGGUGUACAAGGCCCAAAUUGAAAAUGAAACAUUGGCCGGUUUCAUUAUUCCCAUUGAAGGUACCACCGAUGAAUUUGCUGUAGGUGCUGGACGCCGUGUCAUUGUUGUCACCUGGGAUGGUGUAUCUCCCGUUGCUAAGGUUAAGAAAACUCUCUUCGAAGUGCAGCAGGGUGAUGACCGCUUCAACGAUAAUCGUUUCAAUGAUGGUAAAUGUGAUCCUCAAGGUCGUUUGUUUGCCGGUACCAUGAAAUAUGUUGGUGAUGAAUUCGAACAUCGUUAUGGUGAAUUGUACAAAUACGAGAAGGGUGGCAAAGUGGAGGUUGUCAAGAGUGAUGUUGGUAUUUCCAACGGUUUGGCCUGGAAUGAAAAGACCAAGAAAUUCUAUUACAUCGAUACCACCGAUUAUGAGGUUAAGGAAUAUGAUUAUGACUUCGCUACUGGCAAGGCCUCCAACCCCAAGGUUGUCUUCAAUUUGCGCAAGAACAGCCCCAAGGAUCAUUUGUUGCCCGAUGGCAUGACCAUUGACACCGAGGGCAAUAUCUAUGUUGCCACCUUUAAUGGCCACACCAUUUACAAGGUUGACCCUAAGACCGGCAACGUUUUGUUGGAAAUUAAAUUCCCAUGCAAGCAAAUCACCUCUGCUGCUUUCGGUGGUCCCAAUUUGGAUAUUUUGUAUGUAACCACUUCUUCCCGUUUCGGUGAACCAGACCCAGCUGGCACCACCUACAAGGUUACUGGUUUGGGCGCUAAGGGUUUGCCCAUGGCCAAAAUGCAAAUUUAAA